UGAACCAAUUUCACAAUAAAAGACCACAGAAUAAACCAUUUUGGGUCUAAAAUCUGAGGCCCUUCGUGUUGAGAAGGGAGUGUGUGCGCAUGUCACUCCAGCGUGGACAUUUCGUCUGCAAUUGACUUCCUGCAGUGGGAAUACCUUGCUGCUUGAUGGCGUUUUGAAUUCGUCGUCUCUGAUGUUGUGCAUUGCGACAAGAUAUCAGGAUGUUGGAAGGGGCAUUGAUAGCCGAAGCUGAGAACUCUUUAAAAGAUGCUAUAAUAGCACAACGCACUGACAUUGUACGAACAGUACUGUCGGCGUGUGAUUCAGGUGAGACUCCAGAUGAACUUACUUGUGACAGACUGUUGAACUCCAUUUCUUGUGAAGAAGGGACAGUGCUCCACAUGGCUACUAAGCUGGGUGAUCCAGAUAUAGUGAGGACUUUAUUAUCAUCUGGAGCAGACCCUUCUAUCCGCAAUAGCAGUGACCAAACUCCACUUGAUCUGGCCAAGGACAACCUUCAGAUCUUGACUGUGUACACAUCUGAACUCUUCCAAAGUAUAGCACAAUCCAACUGUGAUAAAGUCCAAAAGUUCCUUAACAUGGGAUUCAAUAUGAACACUGUUGAUAGUGAAGAAACCAAAUCCUCUCCCCUCCACUGGGCAGCUAGCUAUGGAAAUGAAGACAUGGUGCAGUUACUUUUGGGCCAAGCAUCCUCAGUCAAUAUGACCAAUGCAGAUGGUAUGACACCUCUCCAUGACGCAGUGCUGAGGGGAAACCCACGCAUUGUGUCUUUACUUCUUCAGCAUGGUGCAAGCACAGAGAUGAAACCUAUUAAAGGAAAGUACAAGGACAAAUUCAUAUCAGAUAUGGCGGAGGGGAAGACAGACGUGGAGAUGGUGCUGCUCUCUGGUGAAAAUGAAACUGAACAAAAACCACAACUAGUGACUGUACCAGAAGAAAAUGGUCAUACAAGGAGAGACAGUGAGUCCAGUCUGGCUAGUAAAGAACCACAGAGUCCACUCAGUAAAGGACCAGUACUAAAUGGACCUUUAACCCCUGGGCUGGUCAAACAAGGGGGACUGGAUCAUCCACAGCAGGGUAAGACGAUAGCCACCAAGUUGUCCAGCCCUCCCCAGCCUCUAGACACUGACAGCAGACUUCACUACCUGUGGCCACGCCCACAGAAACUUCUCCACACAGAUGGAGAUCCCUUCAGUGUGCCAGAAACACUCCAUGUGUUCUUAACAGCACAAUCUGGGACAGCUCUAGUAUCAGACAUGUUGGAGGUAUGGCAGGGCAGACAGCAGGUGCUCCAAGCCAUGGGGAUCAAGCUGCACCUAGAGCCUAUACCAGCUGGUAGCCUGAAGAACAUACAGGACCUACAGUGUGUCCAGUGUCAGGUGAACAGGAGACUGUUCCAGAGAGAUGAAAGUUAUAGGAUUUCUAUCACCAGUAAACAGAUCAGAAUAGUGUCCAGUGACAGAGCAGGGAUGUUUUAUGCCACUUGCACCAUAAUACAAUUACUACAGUUAUGCAAAUCUGAGGGAAUACCAGCUAUUACUAUCCAAGACUGGCCAUGUUUUAAGGACAGAGGAAUCCUCCUAGACCUGUCUCAAGGCAGGAAACCCACCCUGGAGAACUUGAAAACCACUGUGGAGACACUGGCACAACUGAAGAUCAACCAGGUCCACCUGUACGCCAGAUUCUCUGUGCCAGAAGAACCCCACUGGCAGUUCUGUUACCAAAGAAGUGAGCUUCUUAGCCUGGACAUGUUCUGUAGAAAGCACUGUAUAUCACUACUGCCUGUGCUAGAUGUGGUACCUAAAGUCUCCUAUGAAGAUCUGAAGCAACUCCAUGCAACAUUUCAAGAUUUCUUGGCAUGCUUCUCUUCAGCAAAAGUGGUUCACCUGGGUCCUCGCCUUACAAGUUUCUUCCCAGACACAGCAUCAGAGGAGGAGCUGAUUGACUCUGUGGACACGUCCCUCCUCCUCCCCAUCCCUACAGACUACAUGAUCCAGAUGUGUGCCUACGGCUUCCAUGAGGCACCUGUAUCUCUACAGAGAUUACCUGGGAAUAUUGUGCUCAUGGAAUAUGGAUUCCAGGCAUCCUACAGCUUUAGACAUUUCUGUAAACCAUAUGCAGAUUCUGGUGUGCCAUUUUACGUUUGCCCAGGAACUUCAGCAUGGAACAGCCUAGCUGGUUGCCCUGAAGCUUCAGUCAGCAAUGUCUACCAUGCUUCCCACAGUUGCCUUACGCAAGGUGCCUUAGGACUGGUGGUUUGUGAUUGGUCAGGAGUGGGUCACAUGACACACAAGUGUUUCAGCUGGCCAGGAUUCCUGACAGGAGCAGGACUGUCCUGGAAUUCUACAACACCCUGGGUUCUUUUCUAUGACACGAGUGUUAGAAACUUUACAGGUAAAUUACUGUCUAUGUCAUACCAUGUGGACCUGGAACAUCUGAAUUUAGAAACUUUACAGAAAGCCAUGCGCCACAUCCGUAAGUGUCAGAAUGAGCUUCAGAAGGCAGUGGUCCAUAGACACAAUGCCAGACAGGUGGUGGCAGAGCUACAACUGACAGCAGACUUACAGUUGGCAGCUUGUAGAAUCGGUCGAGCCCUGGUGAGUGUUGGUCGUAACCCUAACACCCAGUCACCAGGUGGAGCUGGUUACUCUGUCAUCAACCUGGGCAUAGCUAACCUCACGCCUACAGCAAAGACUGAUCUGGCCAACAGACUCCUUGGUAUGCUGGAGCAGUACCGUGUGGUAUGGUACAUGGGCAACAUUCCUCAUGGUUUAAAUGAAUCUCUUAACGUCCUCUCUACUAUGCUGAAACAGUACCUUCCUGAGGAGACCCUCUCUAGUGAUUAACUGGAAGACAGGAACUCCCCUGCAUCAAGUCUGAAGGAGUGAUCAAACCAAAACAGCUCUAUUUAUCUAUUUAUUUGAACUGGGUGGUUUACUAGUGCGUUGACCUGAAGCACAUGUCAUAUGUUUGUAGUGGGAAUCUGCUUCCCUUUCAUUACAUAGUUAUUCUUACAGAGAUUCUUCAUGUGGAGGGGUUUAUCACUCUCACUUUGAAUAAAAUGGCAGCAUAAGGAAAUGGCAGCUUUAUAAAUGAAAAUAGAAAGAUGGGAGCCAGAAACAGUAUGCAGAGUAAAAUGGAAGGCUUCAUUUAUAAUAUGAUAUUGACUGAUUUGAUUUUGGUAGUUACUGUAAUUUGGGUUCAGGCACUUGGGGGAUUUAUUGGAAUUCUGGCACUUUACUAGAACAAAGGGGGUUUUAAUGUGAAAAUGUGGGUUAGGUAGAAAUGGUAUAAAUAGUAUAGCAUUGUUAAAAUGCCAGUGGGAGGGACCAUAAAUGUAAAGGAA